GAGCACUAUGGUCAGUCGCGGAACUAUUUUGAAGCAUUAAUCCAGCAGGGAGCUGUACGGGUGAAUGGCCAGCAACGGAAAAAGUCCUUCAAGAAGUUUCGCAGUGGCGACGUCAUUGAUGUUCGCUUCCUGGUGGAUAUUGGAACGCUGCCUUUGGAGCCAGAAGCUAUGGAUUUGGAUAUCCUUUAUGAAGAUGAUGAACUUCUAGUGAUCAACAAAGCUGCAGGUUUGGUGGUUCACCCUGCGCCCGGCAAUUGGAACGGGACCUUGGUGAAUGGUGUGCUGCAUCACCUGGGUUUUGCCUCUUCCGAGCUCAGCACCUUACCCAACGCGGCGGAGCUGCGUCCGGGCAUCGUGCAUCGCUUGGAUGUGGGCACCACCGGGGUCAUUGCGGUGGCCAAAACGGUUUCCAGCUACUCGGUCCUAAGCCAGGCAUUUGCCCAACGAGAAGUGCAAAAGACCUACCUGGCGGUGGUGCUGGGAGGGCGCAAAUCCUUUUUCGGACAUCCCAAAGGCAGUGGACAUCGCGUGGAGAAGGCCAUUGGCCGUUCCACCACGGAUCGCCGCUUGAUGACCACGCUGGAGGGCGGGCGCCCUGCGCUGAGCUUCGUCCGCGGCAUCGCCCGGGAGAAGGAGCUGCUGCUGGUGGAAGUGAAGCCACGAACUGGCAGGACACAUCAAAUUCGCGUUCACCUGGCUGAUGAGCAUUCGCCAAUCCUGGGAGAUACUGCAUAUGGUUGGCACCAUAUGAAUCGGCGCUAUGCUCAAUUGGCACAGCGACCCAUGCUCCACGCCUUCGAGCUCUCCCUUCAGCAUCCCAGCACUGCGGAGCGCCUCACCUUUCGGGCCCCGCUGCCGGAGGACAUGCGGCAGCUGAUCCGACGCAUGCAGCCGGAAGUGGGUGAAUCUUUGGAUGAGUUCUUGUCGUAA